AUUAUGUUUUGACAAAGGCAUGCAUCUGAGUAAAAAAUAACUUCGCCCCCUUGAUACGUUUACUUGGUAUCCAGAGGUCCCCAUCCUGAGUCUGCCUCUGGUUGCAAGUCUCGUGCCGCAGUACUACUUGUGCAGUAACCGGCCGGCAUUCUCAUUCUAUCGAGCUGGCUUCCCAUAUCUGGAGACGCUUCUUUCCAGCUCGACCCAGAAGGACGUCCUUCUCGCUGGGUCUACUUCUGCCUCGAACUACUCCCUCUCCUACAAUGGAUCUCAAUCCUUUUAGGCUGUGUUCUGGAAUCAAAGUCCUCGGCUAUUUCAUGAUCCUUAUUGUUCUUGCAAUUGUCGCACUUUCUUAUGAUGCUGUCGUCGUUCUUACUUGGGCUCCUCAUCUCCGUGAUGGUGGAUUCACUUCUUUCUUGUCUUUCAUCAUUAUUAUCACCUUCCAUAUCCUUCUUGUAAUGCUAAUGUGGAGCUAUAUUAAGGUAGUAAGUCAGGACCCUGGUUGUGUCCCUGAAAACUGGAAACUAGUAUCAGAGCAGAACAUAGAGGAGGGUAACUCAGUUGCUUUGUCUGAUUAUGCAUCAAUCCAGCCUCCUACUCCAACAUUAUCAACUGAUGAGAUAGAAAGAAGACAGUCACAAUCUAAAGGCUAUUGCAGUAAAUGCCAAAAGGGCAAGCCACCACGUUGUCAUCAUUGUUCUGUUUGUCAAAGAUGUGUUCUUAAGAUGGAUCACCACUGCAUAUGGGUUGUCAAUUGUGUAGGGGCUCGCAACUACAAGUUUUUUCUCCUCUUUGUGGUGUACACAUUUUUGACAACAACGUUGGACACUGUGGUUCUGCUUCCCAGUUUUGUAAAAUUCUUUCAGCAAGCCAAGAAUCAUUCAUUAUCACCAGGCAAUAUUGCAGUCAUAUUUCUAGUCUUUGUUUUGAAUUUAGCCUUUUCACUCAGUCUUCUCUGCUUUGUAAUUAUGCAUGCAUCUCUGCUCUCAAGCAACACCACUUCGGUGGAGGUUUAUGAGAAGAAAAAAACUGUGCAGUGGAAGUAUGACUUGGGCUUGAAAAGGAAUUUUGAACAGGUUUUUGGCGCAAAUAAGGCAUUAUGGUUUUUCCCAUUAUUCUCGACGAAAGAUUUGGAGAACAUACCAGCACUACAUGGAAUGGAGUUCCCGACACGUUCAAAUGCUGUAGAAUGAGUUCUUAUAUAGGGGUGUGAUCAUUAUACCUCAAACGAUGCAACUGCAGAUGCUAGAGUAGGCAGUUACCUAUUACACCAUCAAUUGGUUGAUUGAAAUUUCAAAUUUACACUAGGAGCAGGUUGUAUUUAUUUAUCUUAAUAUGUAAAUGUUAUGUAACAUAAUUCUGAAAUAUUUUCUUUGUAUGAUAGCCCAAUUUGUUGUUGUGGUAA